AUGCCGAGGUCUUUCCUUGUAAAAAAGAAACGUGGGGCAUGUGGAGCAUGGCAAUGGAAAGAACCAGAACAGCUCGAGUGGAAAGAAGAUAAUACAGUAGUCAGUAAAAUUGCUAAAGAGCAAACAUGCUUCAGUCCUGACACCCAACAGCUUGCAACUGUGCCUCAGUCAGAAGACAGCUUAGGAUGUGGGACAGAAGCUGGAAUGAGAAUGUCAGUACCUUUGUCAGGACCAGGAGGACCAGGGGCUGACACCAGGCAGAAUUGGUCAACACUUAUGCUACGGCGCUCCUUCUAUCACUCUAAUGCACUGGCACUGGUCAGCAGAGCGAAGCCCCGUCCCCGUACUUCCCCCGGCUCAGGUGACUUUGUGUGCUCAGUGUGCCACAAGAUAUUCCCUCUGCAGCGCAUGUUGACUCGACACCUGAAAUGCCACAGCCUGGUGAAGAGACAUCCUUGUCGAUUCUGUGGCAAAGGAUUCAACGAUACCUUUGACCUCAAGAGGCAUAUGCGUACACACACAGGUAUCCGUCCCUACAAGUGUGAACUAUGUGAGAAAGCCUUCACACAGCGUUGCUCUCUUGAGUCCCAUAUGAGGAAGAUACAUGCCGUUCACCAACAGUAUGCCUACCGCCAGAGACGCUCCAAGAUCUUUGUGUGUGAGGAUUGUGGUUACACCUCAAGCCGCCCUGAUGAGUACUUCCUCCAUGUAAGACAGUGCCACCCCGGCAGUCCCGCCCUACGCAGAUACUACCGCCGCCAGGCCCAUGAGAACAGCAGUUUUGGUUCAGCAGACUGUAAACUCAACCCCUAUUUGUUGUACUCAACCCCUGCAUACUACAUGUAG